CGGGAAAAGCAGCUCAGGAAAACUCGUUCUUAGUUUGUUCCUAUUUCGGUUCCCAUUCAAACCGUAAACUUUUCAAAGUAAACUUACUGUGGCUGCCAUCAGCAGCAGUUUAUACAGUUUGGGUUAAUUUCAUGAUUCUAAUUUGGUGUAGAUAAGUUAAAGUGAUGUAAAAUACUUAUACUUAUUAUUAAAGUGUGCAAAUGGUUCCGAAGCGGAACCAAUGUUUAAUGUGUUGUUUCAUUCCGGGACAUUUUAUGGUGACACGCAGCACUCUGUGUAAGGCAGCAUGCUUCUUUUUUGCUGUUAGUUGAUGGAGAGGUUUCGGUGAGGCAUUAAGGCUCGUGUAGCUGAUUGCAAGAAGACGUUACACGGAGUUUUUUUUGUAUUAACCCUUCCAGGUUGAAGCGGCCAAUGAGUUCUCACGGCAUAGUUAUUAAACGCCAGUAACAAAGAAGAACGCCUUGUGUCCGUGAUCUGCUUGGAGGGAGUUACAGUGAGAACUCAGUCUGCUCGACAUGAGGUGGCGAGACGAGGAACUGUGCCUUUCAGUCGCUGAGCAGGGGAGGAUUCGUCGCACUCUAGCAUCACGCAGAUAAGAUUGUGCAACACCAGAAACUGAAGCAGCAAGCGCUUUCAAGUUUACAUUGAUGUUCCAACAAGUGAUACAUUUAAAAUAAGUUAAAUGUUAGGAAGUGGAUCAACUUUGUUUUAAGGAGACACUGCAAGUGUUAAAAUUAAGUAAUCUGGUGUUCUGCACAAUUCUGUUUAAGUUCAAGGUUUUAUCUAAGUUUUUGUAAACAAUCAUUUUACAUAUUUCUGUCAUUUAGAUGCUAAAAGUGUUGGAUAAUUAAGUGCUCAGUUUUUGAGUUGGUUAUUGUUAAGUCAUUAGUUUUGUAAAGCUAUAGCUAUAUGUUACCAAGUAAUAAGUAAACAUUGCAUAAUGGAGCAAAUGACUGACAAUGAAACUAAUAAGGGCGACUUAUUUAAAGACAGUAAUGGCGCAACUCUACAGCAGUCAUCUGAACCGGAAGAGGAGCCAAGAAGAAGCCAAAGGACUAGAAAGCUUACUGAAAGGGCUCAAGAACUGCAUGAUACUAAAUCAAAAAAACUGCAAGAUCGUUUUACCAAUACUUACGAUAAAUGGAAAGUGACGGCAAAGCAAGCUAAAAGGGUGAUAAAUGGAACUCCAUCUUCUGAUGUUGUGCAGGAAUUGAUGAGUAAGAUAAGUUGUGCAUCUGCAGAUGUGAAGCACAGUUAUGAAGAACUGCGCAAAUGUGUUCUUCCAGGUAAUGAGAUCCGUCGCAGAGUAGACACCUGUGAUGCUGUAUCUGAAAUAAUCUUGAAAAAUGCAUCCACUUAUCUUCACAAGGAAGACCAUGAUGAUCAGACAAAGGAUGUUGUCUGGCCUGAGUCUGGUUCUGUGUUUCUAUCUUCAGUCUCUAAUACUACAAGUAAAGGUUCUCGAAGUUUAAACUCUGCUAGCAGUUCAAGUAUGAAGUCCAAACAGUCGAGCCUUUCCUCUAUUAAAAGACAGGAGGCUGCUGCAGAGCUAGCUGCUACACAGGCUGCUUUAAAGGUUCUGCAAGAAAUAGAAAGUGAAAAACAGGAACUUGAAAAUCUUGAAGAAGAAGAUAGAAGGAAGAUGGCAUUACAAGAGGAAGAAAAUGUGGCAAGAAAGAAAGCACUGGAAAAAAAACGCAGACAAAUAGAACGUCUACAGACUGUUAAGAAGUUAAGUGCGGCAAAGGCACGGCUGCAAGUUUAUGAACAAGAAGCAAGUUCAGAUGAAGAAGUUGCAGAGUUACUUCAUAACCAGGCAGCUGAACGACAUCGAUCUUCUGGAGCUAAAAGAAGUUCCUAUGAACAUCCACACCAAGCAGCCAGUGCCACAGCUCUUGCUGAAGCAAUAGCAGAGUCUAUUAAUGUGAGCCGUCUCCCAGUACCUGAACCUUCUGUUUUUACUGGAGAUCCACUAAGAUACAAGGACUGGAAGAUGUCAUUUCAAACACUAAUAGGUAGGAAAAACAUCCCUGUAAAUGAAAGAGUUUAUUACCUUCGUAAAUACGUUGGUGGAUCUGCAAGAAAGGCCAUUGAAAGUUAUUUCUUAUUAGGAACCGAUGCAGCUUAUGAUUCAGCAUGGGUUAUCCUGGAAGAAAGAUUUGGAAGCUCCUUUGUGAUAGCUAAAGCUUUCAAAGAUAAACUUGCAUCGUGGCCUAAAAUAGGACCCAGAGACAGUGUUGAACUGAGGGAUUUUUCAGACUUUCUUAGGGGUUGCCAGGCUGCAAUGUCCCAAAUUAAAAGUCUAGAAGUACUGAACACCUGUGAUGAAAAUCAAAAACUUCUCACAAAGCUUCCUGAUUGGUUAGUUGCUAGUUGGAACAGAAAGGUGAUUGAGCUCGAAGAAAUUUGCAAUAAUUUUCCUACAUUCAGUCAGUUUGUGGAGUUCAUCACAAGGGAAGCAAAAAUAGCUUGCAAUCCAGUAACUUCUCUUCAUGCCUUGAAAUCUGGUGAUGUUGAAAAAAUAAAGACAACAAAGACACGAAAUGUUGGCGCAAAGGUGUUUGUGAGCAACUCUGAAGAGAGUCCGGAACAUAAAGGCUGCAUCUUCUGUGAAAAACAAAAUCAUGGCAUUCAGAAAUGCUGGAAAUUCAACGAAAAACCAGUUCAGGAACGUCUUAAGUUUGUCCAAACAAAAAAAUUGUGUUUUGGAUGUUUGCAACCAGGACACCACUCUAAGAACUGCAAAAGAAGAAGUCUUUGUGAAACAUGUAAAGGAAAACAUCCAACGUGUCUGCACGAAGAACGUGAAAGAGCAAAUAGGAAAGAGAAAAGCAAUGAUGAGUAUGCAGAGAAUGUAAAAGUCUCUAAAACCACAAAAUCAAAGGAAAAAACAGAGCACAAUCAUAAUGUUGAACUCUCAGAUGAAGCUACAUCAAACAGAGUAGUGCAAGGCAUGGACGACAUGUACUCUUCUACUGUUGUUCCUGUGUGGUUAUCUACGUCAAGUAACCCAGAGAAUGAAAUUCUCGUUUAUGCUCUACUUGAUAACCAAAGCGAUACGACAUUCAUCAUGCAAGAUAAGGCAGAUGUUCUGGAAACAAAAGGAGAACCUGUGCAGUUAAAACUCUCCACACUUUCAUCCAGAAAUACAAUUAUCCCAAGUCAGAGAUUAGUUGGACUGCAGGUGAGAGGUUUUUAUUCAUCAAAGAAGAUUUCUCUACCUGUAACCUAUUCAAGAGAGUUCAUUCCUGCUAAUCUAAGUCACAUACCGACCCCAAAAACUGCGAGAGCAUGGCCUCAUCUAGAGCAUCUUGCAGAGGAGAUUGCUCCAUUGAUCGAGUGUGAUGUAGGACUACUCAUAGGUUACAACUGUCCUCAGGCUUUGUUACCUAGAGAAGUGGUGUCGGGUAAAGAUGACGAACCAUUUGCUCAAAAAACUGAUCUUGGAUGGAGCAUAGUCGGUUGCGUUAGCCCGUGUGUUGAUUAUGGUGAUGCGAUUGGAAGCAGCCAUAAGAUCAUCAUGAAGUCUGUGAAACCCCAGUCUCAGACAUCUAAGAACCUCACAACUGAGGUGAAAUACAUUUGUAGGACUCAAGUUAAGGAGUUCAUUUCUCCACCAGAUGUGUUGAGGAUGCUUGAGUCUGACUUCAGUGAGAGAAGAGUUGAGGAUGCAAAUUUAUCUCAGGAAGAUUUGCGGUUCCUAUCCAUCAUGGAAGAAGGAGUCAAAAUUAAAGCAGAUGGUUAUUGUGAAAUGCCACUUCCUUUCAAGAAGGAUCGACCAAAUCUCCCAGAUAAUAAGGUGUGUGCAGUUCACAGACUCCGAUGCUUGAAAAGGAGAUUUGAAAGGGAUAAAAAAUACCAAAAUGAUUACGCAAACUUUAUGAGUCAAAUCAUAGCAAAUGGUGAUGCAGAAAGAGUUCCAGAAGAAGAAAUUAACAAAGGUUCUGUGUGGUACAUUCCUCAUCACGGAGUCUAUCACCCACACAAGCCAGGAAAGAUACGAGUCGUAUUUGACUGCUCUGCAAAGUUCGAAGGUGUGUCAUUAAAUGAUUACUUGCUCAGUGGGCCAGAAUUAACGAACAGUCUGAUAGGUGUUCUCUGCCGUUUUCGUAAAGGACAAGUUGGCAUAAUGUGCGAUAUUGAGCGCAUGUUCCAUCAAUUUUAUGUUAAAGCAGAGGAUCAAGACUACUUGAGAUUUCUCUGGUGGGAUGAUGGAAACAUUCAGGCUCAACCAUCCAUCUAUCGUAUGCGAGUUCAUCUAUUUGGAGCUGUAUCAUCGCCAGGCUGCGCAAAUUUUGGGUUGAAACAUGUUGCGGCCCAAGGUCAAGGUCAGUACAGUGAAACAACCAUCCAGUUCAUUGAACGAAAUUUUUACGUGGAUGAUGGACUGAUAAGUGUUGCAACCAAAGAUGAAGCUAUAAGGUUGGUAAAGGAAGCAAGACAACUUUGUAGUUCUGGCAAUCUACGACUUCACAAGUUUGUUUCCAACAACCAAGAUGUACUUGCAUCCAUUCCAGAAGAUGACUGCGCAGAUUCAGUAAGAAAUCGUGACAUGACUCUUGGAGAGUCACACAUAGAGAGAGCUUUGGGAAUUAAAUGGUGUGUUGUUUCGGACCAGUUCCAUUUCAGAGUGAUUGUGGAUGAACGCCCACUUUCUAGAAGAGGUGUUUUAUCAACAGUGGCAUCCAUCUAUGACCCACUUGGGUUUGUAGCACCAUUUAUUCUGGUUGGGAAGCAAAUACUUCAAGAGAUGUGUCGAGAGAAGAUUGGAUGGGACGAGCCAUUAUCUGAAGAUCUCAGACCACGAUGGGAGUCUUGGCUGUUGGACUUAAAGAAUCUAUCCGACAUAAAAAUUCAAAGGUGUUAUCUCCCAAAAGAUUUCAAGGAAGUCGAAAGAUAUGAGUUGCAUCAUUUCUCAGAUGCAAGUGUUAAAGGAUACGGUGAAUGUUCUUACUUGAGAGCAAUCAGUAUAUCGAACCAAGUCUACUGUUCUUUAGUUAUUGGUAAGGCCAGGGUGACCCCUACAAAGGUCACCACAGUACCCAGACUUGAGCUUUCAGCAGCUGUUAUUGCUGUUCGAACAAGCAACCUGCUUAAAAAGGAGUUGGAUGUUCAAGCCCAAGAAUUCUUCUGGACUGAUUCAAGGGUCGUUCUUGGAUACAUUAACAACGAUGCUAGACGAUUUCACAUAUUUGUGGCAAAUCGCAUUCAGCGCAUACAAGAAGGUUCCAAUCCGGAUCAAUGGAGAUAUGUGACCUCUGAAGAUAACCCCGCGGAUCAUUCAUCAAGAGGUCUGACAGUUAAAGGACUGGUUACUUCCAAUUGGUUCACUGGUCCAGAUUUUCUCUGGCAUAACGAACUUCCUGCUAAUAAUGUUAAGGUGGGAGAAUUGGAAGCUGAAAAUCCAGAACUACGAAAAACUUUUGUGCAUAAGACCCUAACGACAGAAGAAUCUUUGCUCAGUCGUUUCUUAAGGUUCUCAAAAUGGACAAGACUGGUUAAAGCCAUUGCACGACUCAUACGAUGUGUCAAAGAGGUCAAGGGUUCACUCUCCAGAACCAACAAGGUCACCAGUCUUGAGGAGAGGAAAGAGGCGGAGUUUUUCAUCAUAGCUACAGUCCAAAGGGCAGUAUUUUCUGAAGAAAUCCAAGAUCUAAGCUCCAAAAGGGAGAUAACAAAGAACAGUGCGAACAGGCUGCAUAAACUGAAUCCUUUCUUAGAUGAAAAGGGUGUGCUCAGAGUAGGAGGUCGGCUGGAACGUUCUUCUUUGCACACAUACAUUAAACAUCCAGCAAUCUUGCCAAGCAAAACCCAUAUAUCACAGUUGCUCAUUGACCACUUCCAUCAAAGGGUUCAUCAUCAGGGUCGUGGGAUGACCAUGAACGAGCUCCGAUCAAACGGCAUCUGGAUAUUGGGAUGCAGUCACACAGUGUCUUCUUACAUUUACAAGUGUGUGAAAUGUAGAAAGUUCAGAAGAAAUACUGAAGUACAAAGAAUGGCAGAUUUACCGUGUGAAAGAGUGGAAGCAUCACCUCCCUUUACCUAUUGUGGAGUGGAUUGCUUCGGUCCAUUUUACAUUAAGGAGGGAAGAAAGGAACUUAAACGCUACGGUCUGUUAUUCACAUGCCUGUGCUCGCGUGCUGUGCACAUAGAGCUACUUGAUGACAUGACAUCUGACGCUUUUAUUAAUAGUCUUCGAACAUUGAUUGCCAUACGUGGAAAUGUUCGGCAGCUUUGGUCAGAUCAAGGAACCAACUUUGUUGGAGCAAGACGAGAGUUCUUGGAAUCCGUAAAGGAAAUGGACCAAGAAAAUCUAACACAAUUAGGUUGUGAAUUUGUCAUGAACCCACCAUCUGCUAGCCAUAUGGGUGGAGCCUGGGAAAGGCAGAUUAGGACAAUAAGAAGUGUGUUGACAUCCAUUUUGGAUCAUUCAUCCAAAAGACUUGACAUUUCAUCUUUACGUACAUACCUUUAUGAGGUCAUGGCGAUCAUAAAUAGUAGGCCCAUAACAACUCACCUGCUCAGUGAUCCCUCUGCUCCACAGCCUCUUACACCGAAUCAUAUCCUGACCAUGAAGUCUUCAGUGGUUUUACCACCACCUGGUGAGUUUGUGAAAGAAGACCUUUAUCUUCGCAAAAGAUGGCGUAAGGUACAAUAUUUGGCCAAUGAAUUUUGGACCAGAUGGAAAAGGGAAUACCUGCUGAAUCUUCAGCAAAGGAACAAAUGGUACAAGACACAGAGAAAUGCCAAGAUCAAUGACAUUGUGAUUCUGAUGGAUAAUAGUCUACCCAGAAAUGAGUGGAGACUGGCCAAGGUCACUAAGGUGUUCCCUAGUGAAGAUGGAGUCAUUAGGAAACUCGAAUUGUUGAUGAGUGAUGCAACACUUGAUGACCAAGGAAAAAGAGUUAACAAGCCAGUAUAUCUUGAGAGACCCAUCCACAAAACAGUUACUUUAGUCGAAGCUGAGUAGCUCAGUUCUGUGAUACAUGACUUGUUGGAUUACAGAUAUUUGUUGUUUUUCUUUGUAUUCAGGUGUAGUAGGAAAUCAUCUGUGAUUUGGUGGGAGUGUGGCUGCCAUCAGCAGCAGUUUAUACAGUUUGGGUUAAUUUCAUGAUUCUAAUUUGGUGUAGAUAAGUUAAAGUGAUGUAAAAUACUUAUACUUAUUAUUAAAGUGUGCAAAUGGUUCCGAAGCGGAACCAAUGUUUAAUGUGUUGUUUCAUUCCGGGACAUUUUAUGGUGACACGCAGCACUCUGUGUAAGGCAGCAUGCUUCUUUUUUGCUGUUAGUUGAUGGAGAGGUUUCGGUGAGGCAUUAAGGCUCGUGUAGCUGAUUGCAAGAAGACGUUACACGGAGUUUUUUUUGUAUUAACCCUUCCAGGUUGAAGCGGCCAAUGAGGUACGCAUUUUUUUUUUGUAUUAAUUUGUGUCUAAUAGUUGUCUAUUUAAGUGAAUGUGUUUCUGUAAAUAUGUAUUUUGUGUUUGUACAGUUCUCACGGCAUAGUUAUUAAACGCCAGUAACAAAGAAGAA